CCCUCUCUGAGUGUCACUUUCACCUCCAGCAUUGAGCCAGUACUCAGUCUUGCGGACGACAUCUAGACCAGUGCUUGAGCAUCAUGGCGAAAUAUCUACCUCCGGGGACUGGACCCGGUCCCACGAUUAUUCCACCACAAUAUGCAGAGUCUAAACGAGACCGAAAGAGAAGAGAGACCAUCAACAAGAUUGAAAUGUUGCAUGAUGAGAGCUGGAGGAACAGAGAUGAGAAAUUCGCGACCCUGUAUAAAGACUACCACAAUGAAAACCGGGCAGUGAACAGUCAACCGCCGACUUCAUCCCAAUACUACCUUCGAUUAUACCCACGCACAGUUGAGAGAGAUGCACUAUUAGAGUCUGCAGAGGUAGAUUACCAGUACAAAGCUGGGCAGGCCAAGCGGAUGUAUGAAUCUGAACGGGAGACCAUUGAACGGCAGUAUUGGGAUGCGAGGGAUCAAGUCAGGCAAAGACUAUUACAGGCUAUCGAGGAACGUCGGCGGAAGUUGAGGGAGGAGAAAGAAGGCGGAGAUGUGGUAUCUGAAACUUUGCUCGAGGCUCAGAUCCGCCCUCGCCCUUCUCGACGUAUGCCGUUCCGAAAUCGUCUUCUCUCACCCUAUUCACGCGCAUCCACUCCGGCUCUAGGCGGAACGUCUGCGCCUACUAAUCUCAUCAACCUCAACGGCAGCUCUAGCGCACCGACACCGAAUGGGAUUCAGCGAGACGAUCUUCUCCUUCACACCCUCUUGGCUCCUGCUCUCGCUCAAAUUUCAGUGGACGAUAUAAUCUCUUCUAACGCUUCUUCCCUCGCUGUGAAUCCUCCUCCAUCGGGUCCCAUGGCCUUCACCAAUGCUGGUAAACGUGGACCGAGGGGGAAGAUGCCGGACGCCGCGAAUGGCGACUCCAAAGAGACACCAGCCGCUCCGGGUACUUUGACUGCUUUGGCCAUCGCCAGUGGUCAACAGGCUCCUGCACCAGCCCGAGGAAGCAGAGGAGCAGGCGCAGCCGCAACGGGCCAAUGGGUGCUUGGAAAAAGUUUGGCAGAGUUGAAGAGGAUGGAGAGUGCUAGUCAGUUGGAGAUUGACAGUGACUGGGCCAGGAUCCAAGGCUCGACAGGCCGAGGACGUCGGAAUAGAGGGGAUGGUGCGGCCGCUGGCGCGUGAUAAGGACGAUAAUAGGGGUAUUCUGUCGGCUGUUUUCUUACUUUCCAUUCUUUGUUGCACAUUUGUAGACGUGAUCAUCAUGUACGAGCUCAUCGCAGAUGCCC